UGUUAGACAAAAUUUGGCAAAACAGACAACGGAGAGAGACGCACAUCGUAAAAGAGAUUCUUGGUUGUCGUGAGUUGGUUAUUUUCCAAAACGAAACUCACAAGAAAAGAAUAAGAAAAAAAGAAGGGAAAAACACUGUCCUUGGAUUCUCCCAAGCCCAUCGGCAUCUCCAAAGCCGCUUUCACCCAGAUUUAAAGAAGCCCUAGAAAUUUUUAUCCAAUUGCCAUCUUCCCUGAGAUUUAAUCACAAUUAACAUCUAAUAAGCUAUCCUCCUACGCACACUCAUCGCAAAGAAAAUCAACAGCAAAGCUUCUACUCUGCAACUUGCUAGGGAAUCCAAAUCAAAUUUGCUGUUCGAAUACAUUGUUGUUGAAUAACUCUUGGAUGGGUGAUAGCAAUUCUUCUACUGGGUCUCCCAAUGAAAAGCCAGAUAACAGUUCUGAUUCAAAUCCUAUUGUUAAAGAUGAUAGCUCAUUGGAAACUAUAGUCCGGAAGUUUCAGGACUCGAUCUCUGUUGGUGACAGGCACAAGUUUUGGGAAACCCAACCUGUUGGGCAAUUUAAGGAUAGGGGCAACACAAGCUUGCCUGAGGGCCCCAUUGAACCUCCUACGCCAUUAUCUGAAGUCAAACAAGAGCCUUACAAUCUUCCAAGUGCUUAUGAAUGGACAACAUGUGACUUGAAUUUAGCAGAAACUUGCAAUGAGGUCUACACUCUUUUGAAGAAUAAUUAUGUCGAAGAUGAUGAGAAUAUGUUUAGGUUCAAUUACUCCCAGGAGUUUCUUAGGUGGGCUUUGCAUCCUCCGGGUUAUUAUAAGAGCUGGCACAUUGGUGUUCGAGCAAAGACAUCAAAGAAGCUGGUUGCUUUCAUAACCGGUGUCCCUGCUAGAAUCCGAGUCCGUGAUGAGGUCGUUAAAAUGGCAGAGAUUAAUUUUUUGUGUGUUCAUAAGAAGCUUAGAUCAAAGAGGCUUGCGCCUGUUAUGAUAAAGGAGGUGACUCGGAGGGUACACUUGGAGGAUAUAUGGCAAGCAGCAUAUACUGCUGGAGUGGUUCUUCCGACACCAAUAACAACUUGCCAGUACUGGCAUAGGUCUCUGAACCCAAAGAAGCUUAUUGAUGUUGGGUUUUCGAGGCUUGGUGUGAGGAUGACAAUGAGCCGAACCAUAAAACUAUACAAGUUACCAGAUUCGCCGGCUACCCCUGGCUUCAGAAAGAUGGAGCUUCGUGAUGUGCCUGCUGUCACUCGAUUGCUUAGGAACUACUUGAGCCAGUUUGUUGUUGCCCCGGACUUUGAUGAAAAUGAUGUAGAGCAUUUACUUCUUCCAAAAGAGGAUGUGGUGGAUAGUUUCUUGGUUGAGAGCCCAGAGAAUCAUGAGGUCACUGACUUCUGCAGUUUCUACACUCUUCCUUCAUCUAUCCUUGGCAAUCAAACUUACUCAACUUUAAAAGCUGCUUAUUCAUAUUACAAUGUCUCCACAAAGACUCCUUUGCUUCAAUUGAUGAAUGAUGCUCUUAUUGUAGCAAAACAAAAACAAUUCGACGUUUUCAAUGCAUUAGAUGUAAUGCAGAAUGAAUCUUUCCUGAGAGAGCUGAAAUUUGGACCAGGUGAUGGGCAACUUCACUAUUAUUUGUAUAAUUACAGGAUACGGCAAGAGUUGAAGCCCUCAGAGCUGGGGUUGGUACUUCUAUAGUUUUGACAUAUUUUGGAGCGUUUCUUAGCAUCAACAACGAAGGGUGGUAUUAGUAUGUCACGUGAGACAGCCAGUGCUUUGAGACUUCUGCCUAUAUCAUGCCUUGGCAAUAACUUGUUGGCAGUGCAAACUCCCUUUUUUUUUUUCUCUUUUUUUUUUCUUUUUUUUUUCUUUUUUUUUUUUCUGGUUCUGUGUUUUUAUCCUGGAAAAAGAUAGAAGAAUUUUGGCACUAUUGUUAUAAUUAUGGAUGUUUGACCAUUUUUUAGUCACCUAUUUAUCUUUGAAAUGUUCAUGCGGUACAA